UGUCGACAUUGUGCAUGCAUCAAACCUCACUCAGGACACCCUCUUUGCAGGUCUAAUGAGUCAUGACAUAAACCGAGCCUGAAGCCCUCCUCCCACGCGCCUCGCGCCCACUCCUCGCUUUAUUAGAGGCGCUCCUCGGCACCAGUCUUCAGAGCAGCUCGAGCCCUAGUCAGCGCACCUCUCUCGUGCCACUACAGAGUGGACGGGAGUCGGUGCUUUUCGCGCUUCCCUCUGGGAUUUACCGCUCAUCUCGCCAAGAUGAGACUUGUUUUUGUGUUUGCCGCGGUUCUUGGUCUCUUGACAGAAAAUCUAGCGCUUCCAGUUGGAAAAGAGGGGCAAAGAGAAGAUGUGGUAACACGAUGCCUGGUCGAAGUCCUCUCCAAAGCUCUCUCCAAGCCGGACUCCCAGCUGGAUCAGGACUGCAAAGACAUCAUCCAAGCAGGGGUUAAACAUGCCCCACUGGACAAGAAGAUUGCCGAGGACGUCAAAGGUCAACCUGAGGUGCCUUUGGCAAAAGGAACGGAUGUAAAAGAAAUCGAGGCUCUCCUGAAAACCAUGGACGAGAAAAGAGAAACCCCUGAAGAUGAGCGCAGCCAAGAAUCCUGGAGCUUUGGUGACGAGAAGGAGAAGAGACACGAGGAUGUAGAAGAAGAAGAAGAAGAAGAAGAAACAGAGCGGGAGAAGAGGAGCGGCUGGAGGCCAAGGAGGUACCAGAGGAAACACAAACGAGGAGAAGAAGAAGAAGAAGAAGACGAAGACGAAGACGAAGAAACAGAGCGGGAGAAGAGGAGCGGCUGGAGGCCCCGGAGGUACCAGAGGAAACAAAAACGAGGAGAAGAAGAAGAAGAAGAAGAAGAAGAAGAAACAGAGCGGGAGAAGAGGAGCGGCUGGAGGCCCCGGAGGUACCAGAGGAAACAAAAACGAGGAGAAGAAGAAGAGGAUGAUGGUGAGCGUAGUCAGGAGAGUUGGGGGUUGGAAAAGCGAUCAGAAGAUGAAGAAGAAGAAGGCGAAGACAAAGAGAAGAGGAACUGGAGGCCUGGAAGACACCACCAGAGGAAACACAAACGAGAUGAAGAACCUGCCGGAGACGAAAGGGAGGAGCCAGAAGAGGAACGCAGCCAAGAGUCCUGGGAUGUAGACAAAAGACACAUUAACGAAGAUGAGGAGGAGAGAGAUAAGCGUAAAUGGAGGCCCUUACAUCGCUACUACAAGAAGAAGCUCGGCAAACGUGGAGACGAGGGCGAGGAUGAUGGAGAACGCAGCCAGGAAUCAUGGGGUCUCGACAAGAGGGACUGGAGAGCCGGUAGAUUCCACCAAAGGAGACACAAACGUGAUGAAGAGCUAUCUGAAGAAGCACGAGAAGAGCCUGACGAAGAGCGCAGCCAGGAAUCUUGGGGACUAGACAAGAGAGACUGGAGAGCCGGUAGAUUCCACCAGAGAAGACACAAACGUGAUGAAGAACUUUCAGAAGAAGCACGAGAGGAGCCUGAAGAAGAGCGCAGCCAAGAACACUGGGAUUUCGAUACUGGAAGAGACAAGAGAGAGUGGAGGGCCGGCAGGCACCACCAGAGGAGACACAAACGCGAUGAAGACCUCUCUGAAGAAACCAGGGAAGUGCCCGAUGAAGAACGCAGCCAGGAAUAUUGGGAUUUUGACACCGGAAGAGAUAAGAGAGAGUGGAGGGCUGGAAGGCACCACCAGAGGAGACACAAACGUGAUGAAGAGCUAUCUGAAGAAGCGCGAGAGGAGCCAGAAGAAGAGCGCAGCCAGGAAUCUUGGGGACUAGACAAAAGACACGGAAAAGAUGAGGAAGACGCACUGAGGUAUCUGGCAGAAAAGCGCAGUCCUUGGAUUUUCAGAGGCUACUACCAUCCUGCUUGGUUUAAAAGGGAUUCUGAUGAACACGCUGCCACCUCAAACAAGAUGAAUGAACUGGCCAAGUUGCUGAACUAUAAGAUAAACCAGCUGUCCAACCACUCCAACCAAGAGGAGGCAAAGAGGAGCAUGCAGCAGAAAGCACUCACUGCACAGGAGGAGAAAGAGCUGGAAAACCUUGCAGCGAUGGACAUGGAGCUGCAGAAAAUCGCUGCUAAGUUGCAUGACAACAGUGCAUAAUUCAGCGUUUCUUUUCAUCACCAGUGGAUAAACACUGCUGUCUAACUGUAUGUCUGCCGUAUAAGUGUGCUUACAGUGUUGAAAAUGAAAAAAAAACAAGACAAAAGAACUCUGGAGCCUUGCCAUUAACAUUUGAUCAACCUGUUUAUCAAUGUAUUUGUGAUAUUUUGACGUCAACGAAUUAAUCCGCAUGGGAAUGGUUUUGAUGUUUAUACAUAUACAUAUAUAUAUAUAUAGGAAGAGAAUCUAUUGAAAUAAUAUAUAUCUGAGGCAAAUUAUUCUCAAUAUUGUCUUCUGAAGAGUUUGUUCAGUUUGCACUCAAUAAAAGAAAACUAUUCUGGGA